UUUGUACGUGCGAAAUUUUCAUCUUAAGAUAUAAUGAGUGUCGAAAAUUCAUUUAAAAUUCAACAACAAGUUCGAGAAAACUCUGAGGAACUUCAAAAUUAUUUGAAAGAUUUAGAAAGUUGGGAAAAGGCAAUGAGAAAAAAAGAGGAAGAAUUGAAACUACUCAAGAUAACUGAAGAAGAUAACAUUCCUCCAGUAAGAAAUACUUUAGCAAGAUCUAAAAGGAAAAGCAAACACAAAAAAGAUAAAAAGAAAUCUGAUGAUUCUGCGAGAAUAAAAAGUUUUAACUACAAAGCAUGGGAAAAGUUUGAUGUGGAAACAGAGUUAAAAAAAUUAGAUGAAGAUGAAAAAGCAGAAAGUUCUUCUGGAGACAGUGAUUCUGAAGAAAUAUUGAAUCUACAACGAAAAAAGCAGCAAGCGAUUCUUAAAAAGGAUAAGGGAAAUGAAUAUUUUAAAAAUGGAAGUUACGAUUCAGCUAUAAACUGUUAUACAAUUGGUAUGGAGUUGGAUCCAGAAAAUGCAUUGCUGCCUGCUAAUCGUGCGAUGGCAUUUCUAAAAAAAGAACAAUUUGCUUCGGCCGAAGAUGAUUGUACUGUGUGUCUGUCUCUUGAUCCUACAUACAUCAAGGCUUAUUUGAGGAGAGCUACAGCUCGAAGAGCUUUAAAAAAAUUCUUAUUGGCAGAAGAAGACUAUUUAAAAAUUUUGGAAUUAGAACCGCAGAAUAAAUCAGCUCAAACAGAAUUGGAAAAAAUGAGACAGGAAAUGGAAAACUCUGAUGUAAAAGAAAGUUCCACAGAAAAAUUAAACCUUGAUAUAGAAAAUAUCAAAAUUAAAGAAAAUACUGAAAUCCAAACUCCAUCCAGUCGAUUAGAAAGUCUCUUAAAUGUUAUGGAUUCGAAACAAUCUGUUUCCCAUUCCUAUAUAGUUCCAGAAGAAAAAACUACUCAAUCUAGUCCUUGUCAACUACCUACCAGACAAAAAUCCUUGAAGGAUUCGCCAGAUGUUAAAGACCUAAGGGAAAUAGAAAGUAUUGUGAAGAAAUUAGAACAAACAUUGCCUCCUGUACCCAAUGCUGCCUAUCAAUUUUUAACCGAUUGGAGAAAACUGUCCAAAUAUCCAGAUUUAAAGUAUCAGUAUUUAAAACAAUUUCCUCCUGAAAGAUUGCCUAUUGUUUUCAAACAUGACAUGGAGGCAGAAAUAUUUCGUGGCAUUCUUCAAACAUUAGGAACUUCCUAUCUUGACAAUCAAGAUGAUGUAUUUGUUUACUUGAAAUACCUUACUCAAGUUGGCAGAUUUCAAACACUUGUUAUGUUCUUAUCGAGUCAAGACAAAAAAGAUUUGAAAAAAUUACUUGGUCUUAAGAACUCAUUACAUUCUUCAUCAGAAGUAGAAUCGCUUUUGAAGCAAUAUAAGUUGUGAUUAAAGGUGAAAAAUCUUUGUAAAAAAAUUUAUCAUGCAUUAUUUCUUUUCUUACUGAAUAAAAAUUCACUGUCUUGUUGUUUGUUCAAAUAA